ACUACCUCCCUACCUAUAGUUGGCCCUGUCUUGUACUAUCGACAACUCCCAUUCGUUAACCAUAUCGUCAAGCCGCUGCCUCGUUGCACGAAUUCACACAGGCACCUACUAGAAGUUGUUACCUUUAGUGGUAGCAUUUACGACGAAAUGUCGGACAGGCACGUGAGAUUCCAGAUUUCAACCCCUUCGAGAGGGUCGCCGAAAGGUUACCGCAGCCGCGAGCCAGCACAUGACUCGGGGGUGGGUUCGUCUUCUAGUGAUCAAGCUAGUGUUGGCGGAAGACCUGAUCGUAGAUUCACAGCUGAAGACUACGAAGACCAAUUCUACAGUGUCGGUGCUCUUCAGGAGGCACUGGGCCAGGCGAAUAAGAAAGUCGAACAUUAUCAAAAGAAGUGUAUCGACUUGGACACAGAGUUAACUAAAGCCCACAGAGUCGCUCGAGACACGGACAGACUCUACCGUGAAGAAUGCGAACGCAAUAUGAGACUAGAACGAAUCAACAAAAAUCUCGAGGAAGAGAGAGAUGCUCAGAGAGAGCAAAUCAAGGAGCUUAAGGCUGCCUUCGAUGAGAUGAGAGAUGAGCGCGACGAAUAUCGACAGCUUUACCACACCGCGGUAGAUCCAAUCAUAGACAGCAACAUGAGAGGCGGUUCUGGCGAGCCUUCCUCCCCUCGACUAAGACGUUCAACAAGUAAACAUGAUAAGGACCGUAAAGAGUCUAAGGGCACGACCAGACGAUAUCCAGAUCACAGAGACGAGAAAGCCGGUUCCUCGCGUCAACAUCGCCGAAAUUCUAGUGUCAGUGUCAAUCCGGGUACAAGUAUUCGUUCGAGCAGCAGGAAACCAUACAUCGAAAAGAUGCCCAGCCCGUCUUCAAGACACUCCGGUAACUACACCACUUAUGCAUCGGACCCUCUUGCAGACACAGCAGUGUACUCUACCGUUCCUAGAAUCUCUCAUACGACGACUCAACCGGCUUAUCAUAGCGUCAACGAUGCUCCCACAGGGAACUAUUUUCCAUAUCCUUUACACGAACGCGGACGUCGAAGGGCUUGAGGCCAUUGUUAUCCAGGACCUUAGCAAUUGUCCAUGCAGAAAAAGCGCGAAACUUACCGGAUAUUUGGAUGUGCAACUAUCCUUUUCAGCGCGGAAGCCAGUACCCGACCCUGAUAAUAUCGAACCCGUAAUUCAUAGCCACGAAACCUAUUACUAGGAUCUUUGGACGGCAUGUAACAUCAUCUUGCAAUACAAACCUCCUUCGCUGGGAUCGCUUACGCAUUUUUCACAACAUCAAAACUGGCACUAUGGCGAAAGUCAGAUAUGCCUUACUCACCCAGCCUGGACGGGCUCGCAUUAUCUAUGGAGCCUGACUUGCCUGCAUUUCCUCGAUUCGUAUCAAUUUUCAUACAAUAUCACCCUAAUAAUCUAUUCAUCUACUAAAGUUACGGUGGCAUUCUUCGCAUAACUGCCGGUAGCCCUUCAAGCGUGGACCCUAUCGGAGCCAUUUUUCAUAACGUCGGUUCCACUUUGUUAUCAACACAUCAGGUGUGUCACCUAGAGGCUACCGCAGAUUUUAUCCACG